AUGGAGUGCAUUAGAACAGUGUCAUACUCCAUAACUAUCAAUGGAAGUCCAACUGUACCAUUUGCAGCUAAGAGAGGAGUGAGACAAGGUGACCCAAUGUCUCCACUACUUUUUGUUUUAGCAAUGGAAUACUUGACAAGGAAUUUCUCAAAAGCUUUAGGACUUGUUGCAAACCAAAACAAAAGUUGUGUGUACUUUGGUGGAGUAUCAGUAGAUGUACAACAAGAGAUCAUCCAGAAAAUUGGUUUUACAAUAGUGGACUGUGAAGUUUUUGAGCUAUGCAGGGAGAUUACAAUUGAUAAAGAGUGUAUUGAUUGCUAUACAAUCCUUUUGGUCGCAAUCUUUCCUUUACCAAAGAAAGUCAUUCAAGCUGUUGAAUCCAUAUGUAGGAAGUUUCUUUGGAUAGAGGAUACAAAUGCAAGUAAGAAAUCUCUGGUUGCGUGGGACAAAUGGUGCAGACCAAAAUCAACAGGGGGACUCAAAAUCACUGAUAUGAGUGUGUGGAGCAAAGAUGCCUUGCUGAAACACUUAUGGAAUGUAUGCAAAAAGAAGGAUAAAUUGUGGAUACAAUGGGUGCAUGCAUACUAUAUAAAAGGGAGGGUUCCUUGGACAGUGGAAGCGAAGCAAGCCUCAUGGAUAGUACAUAAGAUAUUACAUGCUGCAAAGUAUCUGGAUGAGGCUGGUUUGGAGAAAGAAAAGGUUCUAACAGCAGGAACAUACACCAUCUGA